AAAAAGCUGCUGCUGAUGCUGCCUCUCAAAGUGCUGAUACCUUGGAGCAUGCUUUGCAACCUGCAAUGGCAUAGUAUUUCUGGGUUGCAAAAUUUUCAAUCCAUAAGACCCAAUUUUGGCCAAGUAUGAACUAUCUUUGCUCUCCAAUCUUCAUUUCAUUUUCUUUUAUCCAAAUGGGAGAUGGAAUUCCAUUUUGGUUCCUUCAUUCUAUGGUUUCUGGAGAGAAAUAUGCAGGGAAAGAAACAACGGGUUUGAGGGGAUGGAAAGAUGUUGGAGGUGUAUUUUGCAGCAUACACAGUGGGAUGCUCAUUUCAGAUUGAUUAUAAUCACUGUCUUUACAAGUGGAAUUGGAAUGCUGAGUUUGUUUACAAAGCAGAUUAGAUAUACUGCCAUUGAAGAAGAUCAUCAGAAGAAGAAACUUGGUAGGAAAGUUCUUAUGGCUUGUACCAAACCAGACAAGAGCUGGACCAAACUGAAUGUUGAUUGCUCUGACAUCAAGCACACAAAGCAGAGCCAGGAGGACUGAUUUGAGGCAAAUGUGGAAAUUGUAUCAAGGGAUUCAGUCUUUUCCUGCCUGAAUUGCAACAUUAAGUUGGUUGAGUUUUAGGGCGUGUUUGGAUGGGGAGGGGAAGGGAGACUAUUUCCACCAAUCAAAUUAAGUCGUUUUC